UGUAACGUGCAUCCAUAUCAAAUUAUCUUAAAUUAUGUUAGAGAGCCAAACCUCAAACUGAGAUGUGACAUACCAAAGAGGCAUCUACAACUAUUAUGGGUUGGUAAAAAACGAUCAAGGACCAUUUAUCUUAAAUCCCUCUCAUUACAUUUCACUUAAACCUUAACAAACAAAGUGAUUAAGAUGAUAAGUAAGGAAAAUAAAGGAACAGCAAUGCUAUCUCGCCAUACCCCACCACGUCGUCGCAAUUACGGUGGAAAUUAGCAAAUUCGACAUGGUUUUUAUCAUUAGGCGACUAUUAUUUACCUAUCAAAUAUAAUUCAUUCCGUACGUUAGCUGCACUCGUUACCUGCAUUCUGUUGGUUAUUUGAGAUGACAUCAAACGCGGAGAAAUUUGGUCAGGAUAAUCCAGGGUUUCAAAUCGAAAACGGAGAAAAUGGCAGGGCGACAAAGGAUUCAGAAACGAAAAUCAAAGUCGACGGUAUCGAAACUGAAAGAGCGCAAUGGGGAAAUGGGUUGGAGUUUCUCAUGUCGUGCAUCGCUAUGUCGGUAGGUUUGGGGAACAUAUGGAGAUUUCCGUUUACGGCGUAUGAAAAUGGCGGGGGAGCUUUUCUGAUACCUUACAUUGUUGUGCUGAUAGUAAUUGGGCGUCCUUUGUAUUACUUGGAGAUGGCACUAGGACAGUUUACAAGCAGAGGGAACGUCCAGUCAUUUUCAAGCUUGAGCCCCGCAAUUAAAGGAAUAGGGUAUGGUCAACUGCUGGGCAGUACUUGUAUAGCCACCUACUACUGUUCACUAAUGGCGUUGACAUUAUUCUAUCUUGUAAGUUCAUUUACUUCUGAUCUUCCUUGGUCACACUGUAAAGUGGAGUGGGAAACGGAAAAUUCUCAAAGAAAUGUCACAUGCGUUUCAUCCAAGGAUACGGAGAGUGUGACUGGUCGGAACAAGAUUAGUUCUUCCGAACUGUGGUUUACAAAGGAAGUGUUGAAAGAAAAGGAGCAGAUUAAUGAUGGAGUAGGUCCUCCCGAAUGGAGACUCACACUGUGCCUGCUAUUAGCCUGGUUUUUAACUUUUGCGGUUUCCGUCAAGGGAGUAAAAAGUUCUGGGAAAGUCUCCUACUUUCUCGCCCUGUUUCCAUACGUUGUUAUGGGUGCGCUUUUAAUACGAGCAGUAACAUUAGAGGGCUCCACUGAGGGAAUGUUGUAUUUUGUAACACCUCAAUGGAGUAAAUUGGCGAGGGCAGAGGUUUGGUACGCUGCCGUUACACAAUGUUUUUUCUCACUGAACGUCGGACUUGGAAGCAUUAUCAUGUACUCGUCUUACAACAGUUUCGACCACAACAUCAACAGAGAUGCAUUGGUCGUAACGACAUUGGAUACCUUUACUUCUCUUUUGGCGGGUACGACAAUCUUCGGCAUCUUGGGCAACUUGGCACAUGAACUAAACGUGCCGGUUGAGGACGUUGUUAAAUCGGGAGGCACGGGUUUGGCAUUCAUUUCCUAUCCUGAUGCAAUUGCAAAAUUUCAAAGCGUUCCCUGGCUUUUUGCAAUUCUCUUCUUCAUUAUGCUUUUCGUCUUGGGAAUUGGAAGCUUGGUAGCACUUCACGGAUGCGCAAACACAAUGAUCAUGGACAAUUUCCCUACAAUUAAACCUUGGAAGGUUUCGGCGGCGACAGCGCUAUUUGGAUUUCUGGUCGGAUUGGUGUACAUCACGCCGGUGAGUUCUAUCUAAAGUAGUGACCUGAGGGUGUAAUUAUUAUAGUUAGGCAAAUAGCCAAAAAACCAUAUCAUAAUUACGACGGCGGCAAUAGUAUAUUAAGUAUAAGUAUAGGUAAGGAAUUUUUACCGUUCGAAGACA